AUGAUGUGCCCAAACCUCCUCCUAGUUGCGGGGUUGAUUCUGACAGCUCACAUCUUGAGUGCUGAUGCUGGCCGCGACCUUCUUUCCAAAGGUCAAGCCAAGCAUCAACUGCGAGGCGAUAGCAAGACUUCCGUUAAAAGGGAAUCUUCAUCCCAGGAGGAUACUGCCGCGGUGACGGCGUUGGGCUCAGCCAAGAGUGCCGAGAAGGAGUUGACGUUGCAAGUUGCUCCCUGGCUGCUUCCCGCCGAGCUGCUUCCCGGGGUCGCCUAUUUUGACGCGGAGUCGGGCGUGACGGUGCGUAAUGGAGACGAGGAGGCCCAGAUUGCCGCCACCUGGGCUGAUGUGUUUGCCUCGCGCCGGCCCUGCAACACCAUGCAGCUCGAGGGCCGCUGCAGGCUGCUGCGGCAAGGAGGAGCUCCCGCCGCCGUCUCUUUCGACGGCACCUCCUGCACUGUGACCCUGGACGAUUACCUUAGCCUGGAGCCUGCCUGGGAGGCGGCGUUUUGGAGCCCGGACUUCACGGCCGUGUGGGUCAUGAUGCAAGCGGAGGAUGCCAGGCCCAAGGCCUUUAGCUUUGAAGGCAUGCUGCAAUGCGCGGUGGAGGACAACGCUUCUGCUGCCUCCUCCGGCCGCGGCCUGCCCCCACUUCCAAGCAAGCAGUGGACGAUGGAGGUCCUUUCCAAGAGCACUGAUGAGGCCACCGGCGUCGUAACGCAAAAGUACUUUCGGUACAGCCAGGCGGGCCUUAUGAGCUCUCAACGGCUUCGUCAGGGCCCCUGCGGCGUCCUCCUGCCGCCGAGCGGGCUCAAGUCGUUUGCCGGUGACGUUGCUGUCGUACUGUUGUACGACAGGGCUGUUGAGGAAUCGGAGGUCCGCGACCUUGCAACGUUUUACGGGUCACGCUUCGGCUGGCGGCAGGAGCUUCAACAAGCGCAGCGGUAG